AUGCAUUUCAACAUUGGCUCCAUAUUCUCCAUUUUAAACGACCAUAAACGAGCUAUCACAGCAUUCAACCGAGCAGUUGCCAAGGAUCCCUAUUUCGCCGUUGGAUACUUUCAAAGAGGUGUGUCUAUGUUCUUGCUGGGAAAUCUGGAAGCAGCAAAAGACGAUUUUGACAGCGCCUUCCAGAGACUACGGGGCAACAGCCUCAUUAACUAUCAGCAAUUGGGCCUCCAGUUUCGCCUUUAUUCUUGCGAAGUCCUGUUUAACAGAGGCAUUUGCCAACUCUACCUUGGCAAAAUUGACUCUGGGCUCACAGAUUUGUAUCAUGCACAAAAAGCUAAAGAAACAGAGGAGCACAACAUCAUUGAUCAAGCUGUUCGCAAUCGAGGCAAAGGAUACUCUGUCUACUCUAUACCGCCAGGAUUGCUCUUUCGACCUUCGGAGAUCAGACUACGUCAAUUAAAGGGCAUUGACAUGUUUCACAAUAAAUUAGUAUCUCAACUCCAUUAUACGACACCUCCAAGAAAGAAUUCAAUCUUGGUAGAUCAGCCCAUUCUCACAUCGUCCUCAUCAUUGGCAUUGACAGAAGAGCCAUCAUCGCCAUCAUCACCGCUUGCUAAAGGAGGGCCUAUACCCAUCAAGUCACUCUCUUCGUCUUCAUCUUCAUCGUCAUUACAAUCUCCCAUCUCUCCCAUCACACCCAUCACACCCACGCAUCAUUAUACGAGCAAAGGCGCAUCCAUGAGUCGACGAUCUACUGAUAAAAAUGGCGGUGCUGACAUGCGACAAUUGAGGGAAAACCAUCGCCCAUCUUCCAAUAUCAGACAUACUUACAGCAUGACAUCUGCCACGACAGCAAGCGUUAGCACCAACUCUUCUCAAACAUCUCUGAAUAGCGCUAUUUCAGCAAAUCAUGCUGGGAAACUUAAAACUAAAUGCCAUUACACCGACACUCGGAUUGUAUUGACCUCAACCGAUGUUAAUUACCAAGAAUUGAAGUCAAGAAUAGCCGAAAAAUUCAAGAUAAACUCGAAGAGCAUCCAGCUGGCUUAUAAAGACGAAGAACACGAAAAGGUGCUCAUCAUUGAUGAUGAAGAUCUUGACAUGGCUAGACAGAUUAACAGAGCGAGACAUCAACUCAAGCAAUCCGUUGUGGAAAAGUUGGAGAUCUGGAUUCAGUGUUGA